AUGUCUGACUGCGAAGAAGAAGUAUACGAGGAGCAACAAGAGGAGCAACAAGAGAACGACUUUGAAAAAGGCUCCCGUCCCGAAGAUGGAACCGUGCACUAUGGUAACGUCAUUUACUUGAAGCAUGAUGCUACCGAGAAGUUCCUUAACUCUGAGGAUGGUGAUAACUAUGAAGAGGGCAGUGGCCAGCAAAAGGUCUAUACUUGCGAUGAUGAGAGUGAGUGGCUCGUCCUUCCCAUUGCUGGCCAAGAAGAUCAAAUGAGCUACCAAGUCGGUUUUGAUGACCAAUUCCGUCUCCUACAUGUUGCCUCAGGUCGUUACCUCCACUCCCAUCCUGAUAUUGCCAGCCCUGUCACUGGCCAGCAAGAAGUCACUGCUUUUGGCAGUGAAGAAGAAUCAGACGAGAAUGACACCUGGCAGCUCCAAGCGUUCCCAGAUCACGAAUAUGAUCCUGAGGACUAUCUCUGGCACCUUGAAAUUCCCAUCGUGAUCCGUCACGUCAUGACCGGCCAGACGCUUCAUAGUCACGAAGAAGAAUUGGGUGAUGAUCAUUUCGAAGUCACUGGCUACGUUGGCACUGACGACAACGACAAGUGGCAAGCUGUAUAAAAUCGCAUUCUGUCCUUGCGAUUAUUUUAGUAAAUCUUUUGAUCAAAAAUAAAUAAAUCCCCUCAUACUUUGUACACAUCUAUCAAUAAAAUGGUUUGGUAAUAUUGAC